GUUGGUCAACCCGUCAGCCGUCAAAAGCUAGUGCGUACAUAAGCACGUGGGUAUCUUUCUGAAGCCGAACGAAACUUUAAAAAGGGCACCCGCUGUUCUACUGGCCUGACGUGUCAUCUCUCUUCUACUAAAUCGCUAUAGCCCCAAUUGUCUACCAAAUAGAAAAAACAUGUCUUACCCAAAGGAAGUCGGAGGCUAUAAGCUCGGGAAACUCAUAAUUGAGGGAAAGACAAAGCAAGUUUUCGAUCUGCCCAGUGAACCAGGGCUGUGUCUCCUACUGAAUAAGGACAGGAUCACCGCUGGAGAUGGCGUCAAAGCACACGAUAUGGAGGGCAAAGCUGCUAUAUCCAACCAAACAAAUGGAAAGGUGUUCGAGAUUCUGAAAGCUGCAGGUAUCAAAACCGCAUACGUAGAAGUGGCUUCACCAACGGCUUUCAUAUCGAAGAAAUGUGAGAUGGUGCCAAUUGAAUGGGUGACAAGAAGAUUGGCCACCGGUUCAUUCUUAAAACGUAAUCCAGGAGUACCUGAGGGCUUUCGUUUCACCCCUCCCAAACAGGAGACCUUUUUCAAGGACGACGCUAAUCACGAUCCACAAUGGUCGGAAGAACAAAUCGUCUCUGCUAAGUUUGACGUCAAUGGUUUAGUUAUUGGUCAAGACGAAGUUGAUUAUAUGCGCAAAGUCACGAUUCUGGUAUUUGAGAUCUUGGAGAAAGCGUGGGCUCUCAGAAAUUGCGCCCUCAUAGAUAUGAAGAUUGAGUUUGGAGUUGACGUAGAUGGAAAUAUUCUUUUGGCUGACGUAAUUGAUUCUGAUUCGUGGAGAUUGUGGCCUUCUGGUGAUAAGAGAUUGAUGGUUGACAAACAGGUGUACAGAAAUUUGGCUAACGUCACCGCAGCUGAUUUAGACACUGUGAAGCGCAACUUCGCGUGGGUGAAGGAUCAGCUGGAUCAUCUGAAACCGACCAUCCACCACAAGGUCGUCGUGUUCAUGGGCUCGCCAGCUGAUGAGGAACAUUGUCAGAAAAUAGCUAAAGCUGCCCGUGUAUUCGGAUUGGAUGUGGAUCUGCGUAUAACCUCAGCACAUAAAGCAACACAAGAAACCCUCCGAAUCAUGCAGGAAUACGAAGAUACUCAUGGAGCUCUCGUCUUCAUUGCUGUAGCGGGCCGAUCGAACGGUUUGGGACCGGUUUUGUCUGGAAACACUUCGUACCCUGUUAUCAACUGUCCGCCUCCUUCGGAUAAACUGGUCCAGGACAUUUGGUCAUCACUAUCAGUGCCGUCAGGUUUGGGUUGCGCAACAGUCGUAUACCCAGACAGUGCAGCUAUCAUGGCAGCUCAAAUCAUUGGGCUACAAGACUAUCUCGUGUGGGCCCGCCUCAGAGUCAAACAGCUGGACAUGGCUACAUCCCUGAGGACCGCCGACAAGAAACUCAGAAACCCCAAAGUUUAAUUUUACAUUUAUCUGUCUACUUGUCUAGAUAUAUUUUUAAAAGCGGUCUCAUCAGAACUGUACAGUAUUUGGAUGAGCAGCAAAUUGAGACUGGCAUUCUUGUUUUUAUUUGUUAAUUUUUCACUUUUAUUGAACUUGGUUCAUUAUUUUUGUAAUUUUACACUUUAUGGACACAUUCCAUCUAAGACCACAAUAAAAGUUUUUAAUUUUA